AUGGAUCAUAUUAGAGAACGGCAGCGAAGGGGCAGUGGUGAAGUAUUAGCGGCCAGAAGCCACGUUAGAACCGUUGUCACUGUAGCGGCUGAACAAACAAGGCGGCAGUCUCCCACUGGUAUACGCGACACAGCCGCUCGCGAUGGAGGCGAGCACCUCAUCAUCUCCACCGACACAACCAGAGCAGAGCUCUUCUCUCCCGUUUCAUUGCUGAAAGCGAUCGAUGGCCUAGAUAGACUUCCCGCUGUACAGUUCCAGAUAACGACAGAUUCGCCUCGGAAGCGGAGUUGGACGGGGAUCCCGUAUAUAACAGAUCAGUCUUUUGCCGGUACCAGCAACAUUAACAGCAGUGCGCUCAUACAUCGUAGUGCGUCGGAGAACAGCUCUGCAACUCGGUCUUCAUUACCACAGUCCAUACUACGGCGUCAUAAGCAUAAAAAAGAGGAUAUAAGCAAAAUUAGAAAUAAACGACGGGCACUAGAAGCCCCCAGAACAUCGUAUGCCACAGGGGAAACCCAGCCGCAGCAAGAACGCCAACGUAACCCCGGACAAAGAGGCCUCGAAUGCUUAAUGUUGCGUGACACAGAUGCGGGAAAGUCGAGUAGCUUACAUGCAACUCAUGCUCAGAGCUCUGCCGAGACGAGCGGAUUUGGGAGUUUCGGCGAUGUCCUUGAAGGCCCCUCCGCUGGAUCUUUGGAAGACCUUAGUCUAGCACCCAGCGCAGCAAGCCAACUCGGGUUCCCUGCUCCAUGUUACCGCCCUGUGGACAAGGCCGUGGAUCUCGAAAACAGUAAGCGAGAGGCAGCGAAGAAAAAAACAACGCGAGUAGCAGCCGAGUUCAUCGAGAUGAGAGAUUUGGACGCAGGGGGACAGAUAAACGAAUCUCAAUACAACGGAAACAUAUUUAAAGGAACCAACCAGGAAGGGGAAGGAAAUAAAUUUCCUUCCACUAUGAAUUUCAUAAAUAAAAACAGCAACAGUAGCCCACGGGACGACGACACCAUGCUCGAUGAUGAAGAAUAUGACGUGUUUUUAGCUCAACAGGGCGCGCCGCGGUCGAGCACAUCUUCAAGGCGAAGUUCCGUACGGAGUAAAAUAAAUACCAAAUCCGCGUGGAUGGCUUGGUCCGAGGCGAGACGAGCGUCUUUUAAAAGGCGUCAACAGCUCAUAGAGGAACGUCUUGCCCAGGAAGAACGUAGCCGCACUCCUACCCCGGUGCGUAAAGCCCGUAAGGAAAGCAUUAAAUUCAUUAACAUAAGUCCCGAGUUAGAGGAAAAAUACAUGUCUGACGACGCUGAUUUACAGAUGGAGGCAGCUCACGGGCGACUGGGUACUCCACGAGCGGGGCGCGGCGGAGGUGCGGCCACAGUUUCCAGAAUUCGGCAAAAGCAUGACUGGACGGAGGUGAAAAUGUCUAUGUUCGAUUGGAAUCGUUUACUUUCGUUUUGGGAGCAGCGGUGUUUCGUCAUUAGCCGUUACACUGGGAUAUUUUGUGGUAUCAUCGCCAUUGUUCUUGGUGUGGUCAGCCUGGCGAGUUCACAUUGGUCUUCCUAUUCAGCCAAGGCUCACGCUGGUUUGUUUGUAAACUGUACGUGGAUAGAGGACGGCCAUGGCCACGACGACUGCGAACCCAGCACGGCACACCCGCUCAGAGAUUUUCAGUCCGGCGUAUUUCAGGUGUGUGAAACCAACACGUCACGCGGCCUUGACCUUGCUUUCACAGAAUGCACAGAGAGAGACGUUUAUCACAGGCCAUAUUGGCAGAAUGCAGUUAUAGGGCUUCUUAUUUUCUCUCUGGGCUUUGGUGUCCUAGCAACAGUUCUUUCCAUGUGUGGCGUCUGCAGCACUGCCUUGGCCAAGAAAAUAUAUUACUUUCACUCCGCUGGGGAGAUUUUUCUAAUAUGUGCGUUAGCAGCAGUGGCGGCCUUGGUCACUUUUCCCGUAGGAACAGAGCUUGUCUUGAAGCUUCCGGACCACAGUUUCGGUUUCGGUUUUGGGCUAGGCUGGGGAGCAGCAGUGUUCUAUCUCGGUGCCUCUAUAUGCAUGAGUGUAGACGAUAUGGUUCGUCAGUUCUCAGAGAAACUACCAAGUUGGUGCCCAAACUGUUGUAAACAAUGCGUGCCGCCACCUUCAAGCCAAUUAAGUACUGUGUAGCAGUCACUGCUAUCAAGGCUGUUGCUUUGUGACCUAGGAUUAUCAACUGUAUUUGACGUCGUCUUAGAAAUAUAAUCGUAACAUUUGCAGCUAAAUCUGCAUAACUCCGAAGCAACACGCUGGACACAGCACUUACCUUACAAGAUCGUCUUUGUAGGUCAAGUAGGCCAGGUUCUGGGGCCGUCACUUGCACGCUGUACAGUCUGUAUGUUGCGAACCAAGAGUGCUUCCGGCGAUAUGGUACUAUAUAUAUAUAAUGAUAUUCAGAAAGUAAAGGACAAUGCCUUCAUAGUAUCCCUUUUAAAAGUAUAUUUUAGUGUCUAAAACUUUAUUCCUGUUGUAUUGGUCGUGCAGCAUAUAAAGAUGGAACACGUUACCUUCAAUCUGGUUGGCAGCUGAAGCAACAACACUCUCUUGUGGAACAAUUAAGCGAUACAUGGUGCAACAUGUCUACCAAUUGAUGUGAUACUUAGAAUACGUAACCAUGACAGCAUAUACUUCUUACGUACCUGUAGUGUCUCCCUUAUAUAAAGCUUAUGAAUGACUAUCAAAAAAGGUUCACUAGAGAUCGUUAUACGUGCAUUAAUAACAAUCUAAUAAUGUAAUCUCAGCAGUUUAAAAGGGAUGCAAAUUCUCAGUCCAACAAACUACGUUUAUUAAAACAAACGGUGCUGUGUUGAUCUAGUCUUGUGCUACUCGUGCAAACAAACCCAUGUAAUAGGGAGCCAAGGAGACCCAGAAGGAAAACAAUCCAAGUUCAACGUUUGACUCGGAUUUUCACUGAGGUGAAAGCACGCAGACUUAUUUCUCAGACGAAAAGUUAAAAGCAGUUUUAGAUUGGUUGUGUUUUUCAAAUUGAUCAGAUUAGAUUAGAUUAGAUAAGAUAACACUGUGGAUCUAUGUUACUGAGAGAGAUCGAUGUCGUCUGCAGACAGACGUCAGUAGAAGUACGACACACUGAAAGUCCGGGGAGAAUUAAGGAUUUGGGGGUGAAGUGUCUGAAAAAAAAAUCAAUUAUGAGAUGUGGGUACAAAUAAGAUUUUCGGUUGAAUUACACUUUUCUAGUGCAAAAGUACCACAACAAUUCUGAGCUCUUACGUCAAAAAUGCUGUAUUUAAAUGCCUGAUUAGGACGCGCUUUCUUCAUCUAAUUUAGUCUACUGCACGUUUAUAUUAUAUGCAAUCAUUGCAUUUUAAAUUAAAGAAAAGAUGCACUUUAGACAUGACGAUACAUUAAUAGCUUAACAGAAUAUUAGAUUAUUCGGGUGCUUACGUGCUGGCUACAUAAAAUGAAACUUGGACUAUUAUUAAUAGUGACUAAAACCACGAACGGCUUAUGCAGUGAUUGCUCUGAGUGGUGAUUGAAUGUCAGCAAGUACUGGCUAAAUAGCUCGCUAGGGAUAGUAUGUGUAUGAACAGAUGAGGUGCCUGGAAAAUAUACUGUAGUUUCCAUAACACGUGGCCCACUAUUUAUUACAAAAAUGCAUUUCAAACAUUUUAACAACCAA